GCCUGAUGCUGCAUGUCCGGAUGGCUGUAGUGGUUUGAUUGAUCUGCUCUCAGCUGUUGAGGCAUGGCAACAGAAACAUGGCAACAAACCAAUCACUGUACACUGCAUGAAUGGUGCAGACAGGAGUGGUUUGUUUUGCCUGGCCUCAACUGCAGUGGAGAGCAUAAAACUGGAACAAGAAGUAGAUUUAUUCCAGAUUGCCAAGUCUUUGAAGACUACAAGGCCUCAACUGCUUCCAACAAAGGAGCAGUACAUAUUUUGCCAUGAUGUAGUUGAAAACUACAUGUCAUCAUUUGAUACAUAUGCCAAUUUUCAAUAAGAAAACUUGUGUAGUGGUAACUCUUCUCAAGGAUGGAUUUAAGAAACGUUGUACCCGAAAAGUUAAUGCUAGGAAUUGCAACUACGAAACAUUUAUUUUAGG